GUUGGCCCUCAGGCCAUGCCCGCUGGCCAGUGGGGGCCAGGCCCAGAGCCAGGUGUCUGAUGAGUGGUGGUCUUAGCUGACUAAGGCCCAGGCGCUUGCAGGUCCUUGCCCGCCUCUUGCUGUGGACUUACCACAGUGGGUGGAGCUGGAAUGUUCCUUAGUUUGGCCCUUAAUACUCUGGGCAAAAAUAGGCCCCUGGGAGCCACCAAGGGCUCCCUGCCCUUGCCUUGAGGAACAGCCGUGUGUCCGGGGCUGGGUCAGGCCAGGCCAGAGUGGACGUUCCGGGCCUGGGACCUACCCGGCCUUGCUUACUCAGGACUCCAUCAAAGAUGGAGUAUAAACCGACAUUUUACCUUAAUUCUAAAGGUAUUACACACGCUAAUUAGGGAAGCACGCCGAUUAGGGAAGUGACUUUUAUUUUGUUCUGUUUUGUUUUUUGAGAAAGUAGGGAAGUCGCCUGCAGUGUUUGUCCAGCGGCAGGUCUCCCGGAAGCAGUUUUACUCUCUCUCAGGAAUUCACCUCCCACCCUACCCACACCCUGCAGGGUGUCCUGGGCUGUUUUAAAUGUUGCUUCAUCACACUGCACAUUUUGUUGUCAGAGAUGAAGCAGAAGGGCUGUGUGUCUCCUCACCGGUCACUCUCUAGGUGCCGCUGUGAUGUUCCUGGUGAUGCCCCGGGGCCAGGCUGCUGCGGGUGGAGGCCCGGGUCAACCGCCACAGACCCGUGGUGGGGAUGGGGGGCUUGGGGGAGUGCGUGUCAGGAGAUCUUUUAACACAGUGAUGAGUGUCUGCCAGGGCUGGAGUGCGCUGGGCAGAAGGCCACAAGCCAUCUUCCACGUCCCAGCUCAGUGGCUGCUGCCUGGGCACCGCAGCCUGGGGGUGGUGGCCCUCAGGCUGAGCUCCUGGGUGCUGGGGUUUGUGUUCUAAUGGGAUAAAAAUAUGCCUGUGCUCACGGGGAAAGAAUGCUGGCUCUCGGCUCUUCUGGGUCUUACCCAGCAUCGGCUCCAAGCCCCAGCUCUGGCCAUUGCGCAGACCGGCCCCACUCCUGCCCGCAUGCAUGGGUCCAGUGGUGGACAGGCUGUGGUUCUGCAGCCAGAUGCUGAGGGCCUGGGUCAGUUCCCAGAGAGCACCCCUUCCCAGGCCCCCUGCCCCGUUCAGGCAGCCCCUCCUGUGUGCCCUGGGACACAGCAGCCGCCUCUGGGCCCGCGGGGCCUCCAUGCAGGCAGGGCCUCCCACCAGGGCAUCUGGGAUUCUUGUAAUCCCCGUGACCAACCUCAGUCAGGGAACAUUGUUUUGAAUUUAGAAACUUCUGAUCCAGCCUGGGCUUGGCCGUUCUCCAGGAAGCCCGCAAAGGAAUCCUUCCAUGUUGGUGCGGCCUUCCUAACCUGGGGCUUUGCUUCAGACGGUCCUGUUUUGACCGUAAUGUCGAUUGUGCAGUGUGUGGUGGGCUGGCCACAAGCCGAAUGUACCUGCUGUUUUAUAAGGAGCUUCCUGCCCAGGCAGGGCAUGAGGCUCGGGCCUGCUUCUGACCUGCACAGGGGCUGUUUGAGAAUGAAGGGCACGCAGACCGGAACCCCCAAGUUCUGUGGUGGGCCCGGAUCCCAUCUCUAGGGCCCUUCCAGAGCCAGGGGUGGAGCAGAAGGGCCUUGUCAUCCUGGGAGACAGGCACAGGGGCCUGGGGCUCUUCCUGUGACUAAUGUUUUCCAGAAACAUCCACUGGACAUCUGGCGGGGCCAGCUCCAUGCUGGGGGCUGGGUUCAGAGGUCACUGGGCCCCUGUCUCCCUCAUGCAGGUCACGAGCCCUGGUCUCACCAGUCCCUCCCAGUUGCACUGAGUGGUGGGGUUGCUCACCCCCAUUAUUGAUGCGGACACUGAGGGAGACAUAGGCUGCUGGGACCUCCUGGCUAGAGGGCACGGAGCCAAGGCCUUGGCUGGUAAGGCCUGGUUUCCAGCUGACUGGCCUCUCCCUGCUCUAUGCCUAAUGUGGCCGUGUGACUGCAGUGGGGAGUCAUUUGGGACUCUGGGGAGCCUCCCUGGGCCCCUGAAGCCCCUCCAUGUCAGCCCCGUUUUGGGCCAGUGGGGCCUUUUGUGCUGUCCUAGAACAUGCAUCUCACUUUGUCCCACUAAGCGUCCAUUUGGUCCUCCAUGGGUCAGUGUCUGGGGGUUCAAGUUGCAUGACUUUGUCCUGCCGUAGGGCUGGUGUGGAAGGCUUUGGAGCCGGCCCAGUCUGGUUCUGAGUCUGGCCCCAGCAGUUGCAUCCUCACCUUCUCGUUUUGUUCGACUUUGAGCUGGGGUUGAGUUGCCCGAGACCACUUGUCAUUAAAACUCAGAGAUGUAUUCUCCGUGUCCUAGCCAGCAGGCGGGGUUCAGGGCAUGGGCAGGGCUGGUCCCUUCUGUAGGCGCUCCUGCCCCUCCAGGCCGUGGUGUCCCUGGGUCCGUGGUCGCUCGGCCUCCUCCCAUCUGUCUGGCUCCUCAUAUAAGGACCCUGAUCGUUGGAUUCAGGCUGCUCUGGCCCAGGAUGGUCCGUUUAAGAGCUGUCACUGUGUCACAGCUUUCAAAUCACCCCUUUCACUGCCACGAGGGGACAGGGUGUGUGGGAGCCCGCACGCCCGGCCCCACUCAGUUCUGGGUGGAUGUCUCAGUGAGCUGCUCAGACGAGGUACAUGCAGCCACCAGCGUGGCGAGCUCACAGUUGCUGUGGAACCACUUGACCUUGAGUGGAUGUCUGUGAUGGAGGCUUGCCUGGAGGGGCAGCGGGCAGGCAGCAUGGACCCCGGCGCCUCUGCUCCAAGCCCCUCCCACCCACAGCCUCCGACUGCACCACAGCCCCAGGCCCGCUCUUGGCUCAACGCCACUGCUCCCUCAGUGGAACAGGAGAGGGACGAGGCACCCCAAGUCCCGGGGGCCCAGAGCAACCCUGGAGCAGGUGCUGGAGAUGCGGCUGCCGCUGCCAAGCCACGAGCCUCACGCUCCAGGAGCAGAGAAGGAAUGGAUGGGACAGGAGACACAGAGAUGCCCUUCGAAGAAGUCCUGGAGAAAGCCAAGGCCGGGGACCCCAAGGCGCAGGCGGAGGUUGGGAAGCAUUACCUGCGCUUAGCCCACGACGCUGACGAGGAGCUCAAUAACUGUACAGCCGUGUCCUGGCUCAUCCUUGCUGCCAAGCAGGGCCGGCGGGAGGCCGUGAAGCUGCUUCGCCGGUGCCUGGCCGACAGGAGAGGCAUCACGUCGGAGAACGAGCAGGAGGUGAAGCAGUUGUCCUCCGAGACAGACCUGGAGCGGGCCGUGCGCAAGGCUGCCCUGGUCAUGUACUGGAAGCUCAACCCUAAGAAGAAGAAGCAGGUGGCUGUGUCAGAGCUGCUGGAGAACGUCGGCCAGGUCAACGAGCAUGAUGGAGGGGCACAGCCAGGGCCCGUGCCCAAGUCUCUGCAGAAGCAGCGGCGAGUACUGGAGCGCCUGGUCAGCAGCGAGUCCAAGAACUACAUUGCACUGGACGACUUUGUGGAAAUCACCAAGAAGUACGCCAAGGGCAUCCUCCCCACCGACCUCUUCCUGCGGGGUGACGACGAGGACGACGACGAGCUGGCGGGGAAGGGCCCCGAGGACCUGCCCCUGCGCCUCAAGGUGGUGAAGUACCCACUGCAUGUCAUCAUGGAGGUCAAGGAAUACCUGAUCGACGUGGCUUCCAAAGCCGGCAUGCACUGGCUGUCCACCAUCGUGCCCACCCACCACAUCAACGCCCUGGUCUUCUUCUUCAUCAUCAGCAACCUCACCAUCGACUUCUUCGCCUUCUUCAUCCCGCUGGUGGUCUUCUACCUGUCCUUCGUGUCCAUGGUGAUCUGCACGCUCAAGGUCUUCCAGGACAGCAAGGCCUGGGAGAACUUCCGCACGCUCACCGACCUGCUGCUGCGCUUCGAGCCCGACCUGGACGUGGAGCAGGCCGAGGGCAACUUCGGCUGGAACCACCUGGAGCCCUAUGCCCACUUCCUGCUCUCGGUCGUCUUCGUCAUCUUCUCCUUCCCCGUGGCCAGCAAGGACUGCGUCCCCUGCUCCGAGCUCGCCGUGGUCGCCGCCUUCUUCACCGUCACCAGCUACAUGAGCCUGAGCAGCUCGGCCGAGCCCUACACACGCCGGGCGCUGCUCACCGAGGUGGCUGCCGGGCUGCUGUCCCUCGUGCCCACGCUGCCCGUGGACGGCCACUACCUGAAGGCGCUGGGCCAGACCUUCUUCACCGUGCCCGUGGGCCCCCUGGUCGUGCUCAACGUCAGCCUCCCGUGCCUGCUCUAUGUCUACCUCCUGUACCUCUUCUUCCGCAUGGCCCAGCUGCGCAGCUUCAAGGGCACCUACUGCUACCUGGUCCCCUACCUGGUCUGCUUCAUGUGGUGCGAGCUUACCGUGGUCCUCCUGCUCGAGUCCAGCGGCCUGGGGCUGGUCCGAGCCUCCAUCGGCUACCUGCUCUUCCUCUUCGCACUCCCUGUGCUGGUGGCCGGCCUGGCCCUCAUGGGCCUGGUGCAGUUCGCUCGCUGGUUCCUGUCCCUGGAGCUCACCAAGGUGGCGGUCACGCUGGCCCUGUGCAGCGUCCCUCUGCUGGUCCGCUGGUGGACCCAGGCCCGCUUCUCGCUGGUGGAGCUGGUCAAGUCGCUGACGCGCAGCUCGGUGGUCAAACUCAUCCUGGUGUGGCUCACGGCCAUCGUGCUCUUCUGCUGGUUCUACGUGUACCGCUCGGAGGGCAUGAAGGUGUACAACUCCACGCUCACCUGGCCGCAGUACAGCGCCCUGUGCGGCCCGCGGGCCUGGAAGGAGACCAACAUGGCACGCACGCAGAUCCUGUGCAGCCACCUGGAGGGCCACCGCGUCACGUGGACCGGCCGCUUCAAGUACGUGCGCAUGACGGACAUCGACAACAGCGCCGAGUCGGCCAUCAACAUGCUGCCUUUCUUCAUCGGCGACUGGAUGCGCUGCCUCUACGGCGAGGCCUACCCAGCCUGCAGCCCCGGCAACACGUCCACGGCCGAGGAGGAGCUGUGCCGCCUCAAGCAGCUGGCCAAGCACCCGUGCCACAUCAAGAAGUUCGACCGGUACAAGUUCGAGAUUACCGUGGGCAUGCCGUUCGGCGGCCACGAGGAAGACGACGUGACCAAGGACAUCGUGCUGCGUGCCAGCAGCGAAUUCCGCAACGUGCUGCUCGGCCUGCGCCAUGGCAGCCUCAUCGAGUUCAGCACCAUCCUCGAGGGCCGCCUGGGCAGCAAGUGGCCCGUGUUCGAGCUCAAGGCCAUCAGCUGCCUCAACUGCAUGGCCGAGCUGACGCCAGCCGGGCGCCACGUCAAGCUGGAGCGCGACUGGCGGAGCACCGUGCACGGCGCCCUCAAGUUCGCCUUUGACUUCUUCUUCUUCCCCUUCCUGUCGGCGGCCUGAGGGUGCCCCGGCGUGCGUGCGUGCGUGCGUGCGUGCGGCCCUGCUCUAGCACUCACUGCCUUCUGCCCUUUGCACUGGCUGUGCCCGGGGUCCCUGCAGGUCACACACACAGUUGCCCCUCCCUCGGCCUCUGCUUUGCCGGGUGGAGCUGAGCUGCCAGGCCCGUGGCGGUGCUGGACCCCCUUGGGUGUCCUGUGCAGGAUGUGCCCCUCCCCGCUCUGCUUUUGUUUUAGGUUUGUUUCUGAGAAAGCUGAGAGCAUGGUCGUGUGAGGGCAGCACAGCAUGGAGGACUCGGACAGUCCUGCCAAGCCUGGACAGCUGUUUGCCCAUCCUGGGAGGAACAGGGUGCCCAGCUGCCUGAGCCCCGUCACCAUCAUCAUGAGAGGUAGUUCUCCUGGCCCCGAGUGUCCCUCCUGUCCAGGGGGUGCUGGGGUGUCUGAAUCCCCAGCAUGGAGGCAGCGCUCAGCAAGCUGAGAUGUGCUGGGCCAUGGAGUAGAGUGGCAGGCCCCAAGAGAGCCUGAAUAAAACCCCAUGCUGAAG